UCCAGUAGCGAUGACGUGUUGAGAUUUGGCUCUUGUUUGUCGCACUUUUAUUUCAUAACUGGAGAAGAAAAAAUGAAAUUAUUACUAGUGAUUAGCUCUUUAGUCGUCUACUUGGCGGCCCUAGGCUCACCAAAGAAUUCGACAUCCGUCAGAAUUGGUCGCCAUCCGCAUAAUUAUCAUCCCCAUUACCAGAAUCGACGCUACUUUCAUCCGGAAUCAAUCCAGCAUCAGCCCCGUUAUCCAUCGAGGAAGCCAUACGCCCAAAAAUCGGAUAACAACAGCCGACUGGAUCAGAUUUUAUGGACCAUGGCCGAAACGGGACUGGCGCCAUUAAGGAAAAGUGACCUCAGCAGUCAGAAUCUUUUUUUCCCAUCCGGCUCAUCCGCCGGAGCUGGAGUGGCCGAACCCAGGAGACCUGGCGGAUCCAGCGGACGCAAACCGAACGACGGCGACGGGAAUAAUAAGAAACCGAAUAACGGGAUGUUGCCUUGGUUCUUUAACCUGGCCGGAACUGCCGGAGCUCCGGGCAACGACGGAAGAGAUGGGCCACAGGGGCCAAUGGGGCCGCUGGGCACCCAAGGAAUGCAGGGCAUCGCCGGAGUCAACGGCCUCACGGGAAUGCAAGGCGUUCAAGGCUCCCCGGGGCCGCAAGGAUCGCAAGGUCCGCCAGGAAUUCCCGGAAUACCAGGAAGAGACGGAGUGAACGGUAAAGACGGGCGGGACGGAGUCGAAGGACACGAUGGCAAAAAUGGCAAAGACGGACAAACUGGACUAACAGGAUUGUCCGGUACCAACGGUAAGGAUGGCAAGGACGGUCGAGAUGGGCAAGAAGGAGCUCCCGGCCCUCAGGGCACACCAGGUGAAAACGGCAAAGAUGGACAGGACGGCAAAGACGGGCAGAAUGGCAAAGAUGGUCUUGUGGGACCCCCAGGUCCACCAGGAACCCCCGGGCAAAAUGGGAAAUUUGGCAGCGAUGGCACUGCAGGUCAAUUCGGACAGGAAGGGUCCGACGGGCAAGCCGGGCAAGAUGGACAAACGGGAGCACAAGGUCCAAUGGGCCCAGCUGGAAAACCUGGAAAAGACGGGCAGACCGGACAAGCUGGAGCUCCGGGGCUGCACGGCCUGCAUGGAACGGACGGUGAAAGUGGAGAUCCAGGCACUCCGGGACUUCCCGGCGAUCCAGGAGAUCCUGGUCUUCAGGGAUCUUUUGGUCCUCCAGGAUCGAAUGGUGCGGAUGGCACACAGGGAGCUGGUGGAACUCCGGGAAGUCCAGGAGCACCUGGGUCGCCUGGUACUCCAGGGAUCCCCGGUCUCAUGGGACCUACAGGAUGGACGGGAUAUCCUGGACAGGAAGGAAUGGCUGGAGCACCAGGGCGCCGCCGUAAAUAAUUCAAAUUAAUUAGCUGUUAAUGCUCAUGGAAGUCCACCAUGAAUUGCAUGCAUGAUGUUGAUGUUCGCUUGUUAGACCCAAUCGCUAGCUGACAUCAAAAUUAGUUGGAAAAGAACAAAAAUGCUGUAGGAAAUUUGAACACUAAAUUAUUUCUUCGUGACUUAAUAUUCCUUGUAUUUAAGUAC